AUGAAUAGCAGUCACCAAGAAAAGUAUAUAUCUGAAUUGAGGGAACAAGACAGAUGGCUGCCAAUCAAUAAUGUUUCCAAGUUGAUGAAAAAUGCAGUGCCUACAAACGUCAAGAUUUCGAAAGAUGCAAAAGAAUGCAUGCAAGAAUGUGUCAGUGAAUUCAUUUCCUUUAUAACCAGCGAAUCCAGUGAUAAAUGCAUAGCCGAUAAGAGAAAGACCAUAAAUGGAGAAGAUAUACUAGUAUCGUUAUAUUCCCUAGGAUUCGAGAAUUAUGCAGAAGUGCUUAAAAUUUACCUUGCUAAAUAUCGAUUAUAUUUAGCAAGCAAAGCACAAGAGAUGGAGGAAGACAGUUGA